AUGACUUCACUUUCUGACGAUCAACUCGAAAAAGAAUUCGAUAAAAUUGAUAAAAGUAAAGAUAAAACAAUUACAGUUGAAGAAUUAAGAAAAUACUAUGUACCAAUGCAAAAAAUGCUUGGCAUGUCACCACAACUUGCUGAAGUAGAGAUCGAUGGUUUAAUUAAAAGACUUGAUACUAAUCAUGAUGGAAAUAUUACUUUCGAAGGUAAAAUAAAUAUACUUUUUUUUUAA